GUUUUUGUUGGAAUUGCAUUGUUGGUAUUAUAAGAAUUUGGUAUCUAUUUGGUUUGGAGAAAAAAGAUGGGAGGUCAUGUUAGUAAGAGAUCUGCAGCAUCUACUGCUGCUGCUACGUCUUCGGGUUUGCCUUCGAUGUCUUUGAAAGAUACCCAUCAGAUAAUAUCGGAGUUAAAUGCGUAUGAGGCUGCGUGUAGAUCAGAUACGGAUUUGCAAUCGUUUGAUGCUAUGUUACAUGCUAGGGCUAAUAAUGUGAUCAAUACUUUGGCUGUGGGAGUUGAGGUUCGGGCAUUGUCGUUUGACACGUUGAAGGAAGUUACGGAAUGUUUGUUGGAAAUGAAUCAAGAAGUUGUGAAGGUGAUAUUGCAUUGUAAGAAAGAUAUUUGGAAGAAUCAAGAAUUGUUUGAAUUGGUGGAGGAGUAUUUUGAGAAUAGUCUGCAAACGCUAGAUUUCUGUGCUGCAUUGGAUAAGUGUUUGAAAAGGGUGAGAGAUAGUCAGUUGUUGAUUCUUGUGGCUUUGCAGCAUUUUGAUGAGGAUGAAGGUGGAGAGGAUGAUAAGUAUGAAAAGACGCUCGAGGAUUUGAAGCAUUUUAAGGAUGCUGGUGAUCCGUUCACCGAGGAAUUCUUCACGAUUUUUCAUUCUGUGUAUCGACAGCAAAUGCUGAUGCUUGAUAAGUUACAAGCUAAGAAAAUGAAGUUGGAUAAAAAAGUUAAGUAUAUUCAAACGUGGAGGAAAGUGUCAUCUGUUAUCUUUGUGGCUACUUUUGCAGCAGUGUUGAUAUGUUCUGUAGUGGCGGCUGCUAUGGCUGCACCGGCUGUGGCUGCUGCUCUUACUGCCGCAUCUGCUAUCCCUCUUGGUUCAAUGGGGAAGUGGAUUAACUCCCUUUUAAAGAACUAUGAGAAUGCCAUUAAAGGACAAAAGGAGAUCAUUAGCUCGAUGCAGGUUGGGGGUUUUGUGGCAAUCAGGGACCUUGAUACAAUUCGGGUUCUUGUUGAUAGGCUUAAAAUGGAUAUAGAGGAGAUGAUGAGGAAGGCUGAUCAUGCGAUCGAGGGAGAUGAAAUGAUGAAAAUUGCAAUCGAGGAAAUAAAGAUAAAACUCAAUUCGUUUAUGAAGAAUGUUGAUGAUUUAGGGUUGCAAGCAGAUAACUGCAGCCGUGAUGUUAGACGAGCUAGGACUGUCGUCCUGCAAAGGAUCAUUAAGCCACCACAUAAUCAGUGAAAGAUCCUUGUCUUUGGUAAUGAUUAUCUUCAGAAGUUGAAAACUAAAUUCUUAUAACCCAUUUUGUCCAAAUUGUUUGGGAUUUAGCAGAUGGGUUUAUGAUUCUAUAUUAGGUCUGUUGAUUUAUAUGUUCAUUUGCU